AAUUCUCCAGUGUCCAAACGGCGCGGGCAGUGUGAGCAACUGUCUCUGAUCUAGCGUAAUUUUUAAUAAAAACUCGAACUAAGUGUGCGCCGUGCUACACAUCCGAAAUUAAUUAAAUUUAAGGACUGAAUGGUUCUCCAGAGAACCAUCAUUCAAAAUUAUCAGUGUGCCGUGUGUGUAAUCCAGACUUAACCAUGGAAUAUAAUAGUAUAUUACGCUCAAACUUUUCUCGUAAUGAGUAUAAACGAUAUAUAUCGUUUGAGCGUCAAUCUUUGGCAUCACAAUAUGAGCCAGGUGGCUAUGCAACGCUGCAGGCUUCGUCUUCCAGCCGUGGCUCCAAUACCAACAUGACGCAGCGCGAUGGCAUUAUCAAAUUUGAGAAUGAGCGCAUCAAGACGCUGCAGGAGGAGCGUCUACACAUCCAAAAGAAAACCUUUACAAAAUGGAUGAAUUCGUUUCUGAUCAAGGCCAAAAUGGAGGUCGAAGACCUAUUCACAGAUCUAGCCGAUGGCAUAAAGCUGCUAAAGCUGCUGGAGAUAAUAUCAUCGGAGAAACUGGGCAAACCGAACAGCGGACGCAUGCGUGUUCACAAAAUCGAAAAUGUCAACAAGAGUCUGGCAUUCUUGCACACCAAGGUACGCUUGGAGUCCAUUGGUGCUGAGGACAUUGUCGAUGGCAAUCCCAGAUUGAUCUUGGGUCUCAUCUGGACCAUCAUUUUGCGGUUUCAGAUUCAGGAAAUCGUCAUCGAUGUGGAUGAGGAAAACGAGUCGAGCGAGAAACGUUCAGCCAAAGAUGCGCUACUUUUGUGGUGUCAACGUAAGACACAUGGUUAUCCGGGCGUUAAUAUACAGGACUUUACAUCAUCAUGGCGUUCUGGCUUGGGCUUCAAUGCACUCAUCCAUUCGCAUCGUCCCGAUCUUUUUGAGUACAGCACCAUUGUCAAUUCAAAGAAUUCCAAUUUGGAUAAUUUGAAUCACGCCUUCGAUACGGCUGCCAACGAAUUGGGCAUACCAAGUCUGCUCGAUGCGGAAGAUAUUGAUUCGGCGCGACCGGAUGAGAAAUCGAUCUUGACCUAUGUGGCCUCAUACUAUCACACGUUUGCUCGCAUGAAGAACGAACAGAAGAGCGGCAAACGCAUAGCAAAUAUUGUGGGCCAGCUGAUGGAUGCCGAUCGCAAGAAGAUACACUAUGAACGCUUGACCACAAAUCUACUCAGCUGGAUCAGACAAAAAACAAUUGAGCUGGAGCAGCGGGAUUUACCCAAUUCACUGGAAGGCAUACAGCGGGAACUGUUGGCCUUUAAGGAAUAUCGCACCAUUGAAAAGCCACCCAAAUACAAGGAACGCAGUGAGAUUGAAGCUCUUUUCUUUACCAUAAAUACGCUGCUUAAAGCUCUGAAUCAGCCGGCUUAUAAUCCCCAGGAUGGUCAGAUGGUCAAUGACAUUGAGAAGGCCUGGCAGAUCCUUGAAUACGCCGAACAUAAUCGUGAGGUUGCUUUGAGAGAGGAGCUGCUGCGUCAGGAGAAAUUGGAGCAGUUGAAUUACAAGUUUGAAAAGAAAUCCGUAUUGCGUGAAGGUUAUCUUAAGGAAAUGAUUCAAGUGCUCUCCGAUCCGCGUUAUCUGCGUCAAGUGGAUGCCACGCUGAAGAAGCACGAGGCGAUUUCAGCUGAUAUUUUGGCGCGUGUGGAACGCUUUAACGAUCUGACGGCCAUGGCCAAUGAGCUGGAGAAGGAGAACUAUCAUGGCAAGGAGCGUGUGAAGCGACGCGAACAGGAAGUCAUGGAUAAGUGGCGUCAAUUGUUGGAGCUGCUGGAGAAUCAACGCUUGAACCUCUCCCAAAUGAGCAACCUGAUGAAUUUGUUGCGUGAAAUUGCCAGCACUACGGAAUCCGUGCGUGAACUGCAGCAACAGUUUGCCUCCGAGGAUGUGGGUCCACAUUUGCUGGGCGUCGAGGAGCUGUUGCAGGCGCAUUCGCUGCAGGAGCUGCAGGUGAACACCUAUGGAGAGACCCUUAAGCGUUUCAAUCGUCAGGCUCUGCCGUAUAAGAACUCUGAGCACAAGGAUGCCGCUGUGUUGGCCCAACGACUUGCACAGCUGGAAGAGGCUUAUUCAGAGCUCCUGAAGCUGUCGGCACAGCGUCGUGCGCGUCUUGAGGAGGCACGCAAUUUCCAUCAUUUCAUGGAGGAUUACGACAACGAGGAGGGUUGGCUGGUGGACAAGCAGCGCAUCUGUAAAACAGGCAUCACAGCAAAGGACUUGCGUGCUGUCCUCUCGUUGCAGCAGAAACACAAAGCUCUCGAGGAUGAGAUCAAAUCCCGGAAACCCAAAUCCACACAAAUGUCAGAGGCGGGCAAACGUUUGAUAGGAGACAAACAUCCACGUGCCAGCGAGGUUAAAAGUCGCAUUGAUUCCCUGGCGGAGCAUUGGCAGGCACUGGAAUCACUGGUGGAGCUGCGACGUCGCCAACUGGAGGAUGCCGCCGAAGCCUACCAAUUCUACACGGAUGCCAACGAAGCGGAAUCUUGGCUGAAUGAGAAAAUGGCUUUAGUCAAUUCCCGUGACUAUGGCAAUGAUGAACCCUCCGCGCAGGCGUUGCUGCAACGUCAUCGAGAUCUGCAAGGUGAAUUGAAUGCUUAUUCCGGGGACAUACUCAAUCUGAACCAACAGGCCGAUAAGCUCAUCAAAGCGGGCAUUUGCACCUUGGAGCUGUCUGCCGCUGAACCGGAUCUACCUGAGGUAGAGCAGGAGGAAUGGGUCAAUGAGACGCGUCUCGUGCCCAAGGAAGUGUGGGAGGAUGAGUGGGUGGAGAAGUUGGAGCACAAAAAGGUCACAGAAACCAAAAUGCUUCCUCAUGUGCGUUCCCUCUUUCCCUUCGAAGGCCAGGGCAUGAAGAUGGACAAGGGUGAGGUUAUGCUGCUCAAGUCCAAGACCAACGAUGAUUGGUGGUGUGUGCGCAAGGAUAAUGGACACGAGGGCUUUGUGCCGGCCAAUUAUGUGCGGGAAAUCGAAGCACGUCCGGUUGCCUGCAUUGUGCCCAAGGCAGAAAAGGUCAAGAGUCUGCAGAAGGUGAAGAAGACCAUCCUCGUGCGUCAAGUGGUUCCCGUGAAGCGCAUUAAGCCCGUGAGUGUAGCACCCAAACCUCUGGUGCAACGUCGCACCUCCAAUCAGAGCAUCAACGAGAAUGCGGACAGCGUGGAGAAGCGUCAGCAAAGGAUCAAUGCCACCUACGAUGAACUCCAAGAGAUGGCCCAAAAGCGUCAUGCGUUGCUCGAGGAUUCCAUUCAUCUCUUUGGCUUCUAUCGCGAAUGUGAUGACUUUGAGAAGUGGAUGAAGGAGAAGGAGCGCAUGAUCAAGACAGAUGAUGGCGAUGGCGUCGACAAUGCCAAACGCAAGUUUGAGAAAUUCAUCACGGAUCUGUCCGCUGCAUCGAAGCGUGUCGAGGAAAUCGACGGUGCCGUUGAUACCUUCCGCCGUCAGGGACAUUCCCAACUGGACAAGAUCAUAGCGCGUCAGCGGCAGAUUCAUCAAAUCUGGCAGCGACUCAACAAUGCCAAGGCACAGCGUGAAAAGAGCUUGGAAGGCGCAUCCAGCGUGGAGCUCUUCAAUCGCACCUGCGACGAGGCCAAGGUCUGGAUGAGCGAGAAGAUGCUCCAAUUGGAUACGGCUGUCAUAACGCCAGAUCUGAAGACGGUGCAAGCUCUGCAGCGUCGUCAUCAGAAUCUGGAACGAGAAUUGGCGCCCGUUGAGGAGAAGGUCAAUCGCGUUACGUAUUUGGGUAACUCUGUGAAGAAUGCAUAUCCGGCGGAGCGGGAUAAUGUGAAUGGCCGUCAGCAGGAGGUGCACGACAUGUGGCAACAGGUGCAACAACGUGGCAGUGAACUACGUGCCCGCAUCGAGAGCGAAGUCGGCCAACAGAUCUUCAACAACAGCGCCAAGACUCUGCUCGCCUGGAUCGAUUCUGUCAAGGAUCAACUGAAUGCCGAUGAAUCCGCACGCGAUGUGGAAACCGCCAAUAAUCUGCUAAAGAAACACAAUGAUCUGGGUGACGAUAUCAAGGCCCAUGAUAACGAAUUCGUUGAGGUGAUUCAACUGGGCAAACAACUGUCCGAUGGUAAACCCAACAUGGCCGAAACAGUGCAGCUAAUUGAACGUCUCAAGGCUGAACAGGAUGCCAUUCAUCGUGGCUGGAGCGAGAAACAAAAAUGGCUGCUGCAGUGCGUCGAGUUGCAAAUGUUCAAUCGCGAAGCGGACAAAAUCGAUGCCACCACCAAGAGCCAUGAGGCAUUCCUGGAGUACAACAAUCUGGGCUCCUCACUGGAUGAGGUGGAGGCUAUACUGAAGCGUCAUCUGGACUUUGAGAAGAGUCUCAUGGCACAGGACAAGAUCCUCAAGGGUUUCUCGGACAAUGCGGAUAAACUAAUUGCAAAUGAUCACUACGAUGCCAAGUACAUUGGCGACCGUCGCAAUCAGGUGCUGGGCAAACGCAAGGCUGUUAGGGAUCGUGCCUUUGAGCGCAAGCGUCUGUUGCAGGCCUCAAAGGACUAUCACAAGUUUGCCGCCGAGGCUGAUGAUCUAAAGGUUUGGCUGCAGGACAAGACAAAGAUUGCAGGUGAUGAGAGCUACAGGGAUCUGAGCAAUCUGCCACGUAAGUUGCAGAAGCACAAGGCCUUCGAGCGUGAAUUGCGUGCGAAUGAAGGACAAUUGCGUAAUGUCAACAAGGAUGGAGAAGCUUUGAUUCAGGCCGAGAAUCGUGUGCCUGAAGUGGAGCAUCGUGUGGCAGAUUUGAACAAAAAGUGGAAGGAUCUAUUGACCCUAUCAGAGGAUAAGGGUCGUAAACUGGAACAGGCUGCAUCACAGCGGGAGCACAAUCGUGCCAUUGAGGAUGCCAAGAAGAAGGUGGAUGAACUGGACUCGGCACUCAAGAGCAAGGAUGUGGGCAAUGAUUUGCGCAGUUGCAAGGAUCUGAUCAAUAAGCAACAACUUCUGGAGUCGGAGAUUACUGUUUGGGAUCAGAAGGUGGCUGAGCUCGUCUCUACCGGAGAUGAUAUGGCCCAUGAGGGUCACUUCAAUGCCAAGAACAUUGAGGAUGAGACCAAGGAGGUGCAGCAGCGCUUUAAGGAUCUGCGUGUGCCCACACAGAAACGUCGUGAGAAUCUGGAAGAGAGUCUCAACUUCCACAAGUUUGUGUUCGAGUUGGAUGCAGAGUUCCAAUGGAUCAACGACCAUUUGCCGGCGGCCAAGUCCAAUGAAUUCGGCCAGAAUCUGCACCAGGCACAAUCGCUGUACAAGAAACACAAGAAGCUGGAGGCAGAGAUCAAGGGACACCAGCCCAUGAUCAAUAAGGCAUUGCAAGCGGGACAAGCUCUUGUUGCCCAACAGCAUCCGGAGUCGAAGAAUGUGGAGGCUUUGUGCGAUCAACUGGAGCAGGCCUGGCAAGAUCUGGAGCUGCAUUGUGGCGAGCGAUCGCGCAAGCUGGAAAUGUCACUAAAGGCACAACAAUAUCUGUUUGAUGCCGGCGAGAUUGAGUCCUGGUUGGGUGAACGCAACAAUGCCCUGCGAUCCACCGAAUAUGGAAGAGAUCGUGAUUCGGCUGCCAAGUUGCUAACCAAACACAAGACCAUCGAGCUGGAGUUGGACACAUAUUCGAGCAUUGUCACCGAAAUGGGACACACAUGUGCCGCCAUGAUUGCUGCCCAGCAUCCCGAUAGCAAAGUCCUAGCCGCCAAACAGCAGCUCAUCGAGAAGAUGCUGAAAUCCCUUCACAAAUUGGCAUCCCAACGACAGAUGCGUCUUAUGGAGAGUCUGUCGAAGCAUGAAUACUUCCUGGAAUCCGACGAGGUGGAGCAAUGGAUAAGGGAACAGGAACAGACCGCUUCAUCGGAGGAUUACGGACAGGACUUUGAGCAUUUGCAGUUGCUGCAAAACAAAUUCGAUGAUCUGAAACAUCGCGUUGAGGUGGGCGCCGAUCGUGUGGAUCAGUGUGAGCUGCUGGCCAAGAAACUCAUCGAUUCCGAGAGCUCUUAUGCCAAUGAGGUGGAAAAGAGACAGGAACAACUAAGAACGUCUUGGGACAAUCUCUUGCAGCUACUCAAUCAACGCGAACAGAAGUUGCAUGCAGCUGGGGAAAUUCAUCGCUUCCAUCGGGAUGUGGCCGAAGCACUGUUCCGCAUUCAGGAUAAGAAUGCUGCACUCUCCUCCGAGCUGGGCAAGGAUUUGAACUCGGCUUUAGCUCUGUUGCGUAAACAUGAAGGCUUUGAGAAUGAUCUGGUGGCGCUGGAGGCUCAGCUGCAAGUCUUGGUCGAGGAUUCGGUUCGUCUGCAAGCCAAAUAUCCUUCGAAUGCCGCAGCGAUUGCCCAGCAACAGGAUAAGGUUGUGGCUGCCUGGAAUGAUCUGAAGGAACGCUCGACGGCACGUGGUGAUCGUUUGGCCGCCAGCUCCGAUCUGCAAACCUUCCUCACGGAUGUGCGUGACAUUGUCUCCUGGUCGGCCAAUCUUCGUGCCGCUCUUCAGGCCGAGGAACAUGUCAGUGAUGCUGCCGGCGCUACAGCUCUAAAGAUCCAACAUGAUGCCAUUUAUGGCGAGAUCGAGGCACGCGAGGAUAAGUUCCGUUAUCUGAAUGAGCUGAGUGAUUCCAUGGUGCAAACUGGACACUAUGCGGCUGCUGAUGUGGAGGAGAAGUGUGCUGCCAUGUUGGAUGAGCGCCAGAAAUUGCAUGCUGCGUGGAACAAGAAGAAGAUCAUGUUGGAGCAGAAGAUCGACUUGUUCUGUUUCCUACGCGAUGCCAAACAGAUUGAUAAUCUGUCCAGCACCCAACAGGCUGCUCUCAGCAGCUCGGACUUUGGUCAGACCGUGGAGGAUGUGCAGAAUCAGAUCAAGAAACAUGAUGAAUUCGAGCGUGUUAUUCAAACGCAGGAGGAGAAGGUUGCUCUCUUGCAGGAACAUGGACGGAAACUGAUCGAGCAGCGUCAUUACGAUAGCGCCAAUAUUCAGACCAUACUUCAGGGUGUCCUGGCACGUCGCCAGAAGGUCAAGGAUCUGUGCGCGGUGAGGAGAUACAAGCUGGAAGAUGCCUUGCUCUACGCCAAGUUUGUGAGGGAUUGCGCCGAGGCCGAAUCCUGGAUCAAUGAGAAGCAAAAGAAACUGGAGGCGGAUGCUGCCAGCUAUGCCGAGGUCACCAAUCUGGAUGAGAAGAUCAAGAAACUGCAGAAACAUCAGGCAUUCCAAGCCGAAGUCGCUGCCAAUCAGGGACGCAUCAAGGAGAUUCAAGAUACGGGCGUCAUACUGCUCAGCAAACAGCAUGAAUCCUCGCCAGAAAUUAAGCAGGCCAUUGAACGUGUACACGCUGCCUGGCAGGGAUUGCAUGACGAGUUGGAUCAGCGUGGACGUGGCCUGGAGGAGGCCCAGGAUAUACUGGAGUUUAACAAUCAGCUGGACAAAAUCGAGGCCUGGAUACGUGACAAGGAAAUGAUGGUACAGGCCAGCGACACUGGACGGGAUCUGGAACACUGCAAUGCACUCAUGCGUAAGCUGGAUGACGUGGACUCGGACAUGCGAGUGGAUGAUCAACGUGUUAAGCACAUUAAUCAGCUGGCGGAUAAGCUCAUCAAUCAGGCUCAACUGCCGGCGGAUACACAGAGUGUGGACAAGCGUCGUCGGGAUUUCAAUCACAAUUGGCGACAGCUCCAAGGAGCACUCAAUGCCUAUCGUGCUCUGCUCGGCGGUGCCAAUGAGAUUCACGGCUUCAAUAGAGAUGUAGAUGACACGGCAGAGCGUAUUGCCGAGAAGGCUUUGGCCAUGAGCUCGGCGGACACGGGACGCGAUCUGGCCGCCGUCGAGGCGUUGAUACGUCGCGAGGAGGCGCUGGAACGUGACAUGUCCGCUGUGAAGCAGAAGAUUGAUGAGCAUGAGACUGCAGCCGAGUUCCUUAUACGUAAGUAUCCGGAACGUGGAGCGCAGGUUAUUGAGAGGAAACUGCAGGAGUUGCACAAAUCCUGGGGCAAUCUGCAGAGUCUCUCCGUCAAGCGGCAGAGUGUGUUGAAUGAGGCGUAUCUCGUCCACAAGUUUGUCUCGGAUGUGAGGGAGCUGGAACUCUGGGUCAACGACAUGGUCAAGAAGAUGAAUGCCACACAGGCGCCGUCCACAAUCAACGAUUGCGAAACCCAACUGGAGUUGCAUCAGGAGCGUAAGGUGGAGAUCGAGGGACGUGAUCAGGCUUUCACGCUAUUGAAACAACAUGGAGAGCAGCUGAGCAGCCAGGCCAAGCAGCCGGAGAGCGUUAAGCGAUAUCUGAGUGUGCUGGAGGAGCUGCAUCAGACACUGCACGAGGCAUGGAGCGAAAGGGCCAGAGACUUAACCGAAGCCCAUCAGCUGCAGUUGUUUAAGGCGCAGGUGGAACAGGUGGAGAUCUGGUUGGCCAACAAGGAGGCAUUCCUUAACAAUGAUGAUCUGGGGGAUUCCUACACGGCCGUGGAGCGUCUUCUGAAGAAGCACGAUGCCUUUGAGAAGCUACUCGAUGCUGAUCACGUGGAUGCACUGCAAAAGUUUGCCAAUAGCAUCUUGGAGGGUGAGCCCAAGGAUGCGGAUUUGAUACGAGAGAAAUUGGCCUAUGUGCUGAGAAGGAAACAAAAGCUGCAGGAAUUGUCCACAGAGCGUAAGCAUCGUUUGAUGCAAUCCCUGCAGCUGCAGGAAUUCCUGCGAAGUCUCUAUGAGAUUGAUCGCUGGCUGGUGCAAAAACUCCAGGUGGCAUUGGAUGAGAACUAUCGGGAGCCGAGCAAUCUGCAGAGUAAGAUUCAAAAGCACACGGCCUUCGAUGCGGAAUUGUUGAGCAACUCACCACGAGUUCAGGCCGUGAUCAGCGAGGGAGAGCGUCUCAUUCGUGGCGAGCACUUUGCCAAGGAUGAGAUUGCCCAGCAGGUGCAAUUGCUAGAGGGAGAUUGGCUGAAACUCAAGGCUGCCUCCAAGGCCAAGAAGGAGAAGCUGCAACAGGCUUAUGAGGCAUUAUCCUUCAAUCGCAGCAUCGACGAAUUCAACAACUGGAUGGAUGAUGUGGAGGUGCAAUUGUCCAGUGAGGAUUAUGGCAAGGAUUUGGCCACCGUUAGCAAUCUGCUGAAGAAGCAUGAACGUCUCGAGGCUGAUGUGGCACAUCACAAUGAGCUGGCGGAUCAGUUGAAGGUCAAGGAUGAGCACUUCUUCCAGGUCGAUCACUUCCUGAAGCAUGAGAUUCACGAGCGUGCGAUGGCCACCAUCAAGCGUUACAACACGUUGCAUGAACCGAUUGCCAUACGUCGUGAGAAUUUGGAGGAUUCGUUGAGCUUGCAGCAGUUCCUGCGGGAUGCCGAGGAUGAGUUACAGUGGCUGGCGGAGAAGCAAUUGAUUGCUGGUUCACAGGAUCUGGGCAGCAGUCUGUUGGCUGUGCAGGGUCUGCAGAAGAAGCACAAUGCUUUGGAGGCGGAACUGACCUCACAGGAACCAUUGAUCCAAGCACUCCUCCAACGUGGCCAGCAAAUGAUCCGGGACAAUCACUUUGCCAGCGAGCAGCUGCAAUACAAAUCGGAGCUGCUGCAGAAGCAACUUGUCCAGCUGCGAGAUCUGGCCGCGAUUAGGCGACUCCGUCUGCUGGACGCCGUGGAGAGUCAACUCUUCUAUGUGGAGGCCAAUGAGGCGGAUGCCUGGAUGCGUGAGAAGCGUCCGAUUUUGGCCAGCAGCGAUUACGGACGCGAUGAGAUCUCCGUGCAGACGCAUCAGAAGAAACUGGAGGUGCUCCAACGUGAACUGACCGCCUUUAAGCCCUCCAUCGAUAAGGUCAAUAAACUGGCAACUGGUUUGAUUGAGCGCAAUCACUUUGACAGCGCCAACAUCAAAGAAAAGAAUGCUGCCGUCUCUCAACAGUACUCGGAGCUACUGCGCCUGGCCAAGGAUCGGGAGUUGCGUCUCAGUGAGAGCAAAAAGCUCUUUGAGUAUCUGCGCGAAACGGAGGAGCUGCAUGAAUGGGUUGGUGAUCAAAUGGCCGUCACAGCCAGCGAGGAUUACGGCGAGGAUGUAGAGCAUGUAGAGCAACUGAUGCUAGCCUUCGAAUCCUUUGUCUCCAAUCUGAAUGCGAAUGAGGCGCGUGUCGAAGCCUGUCUGGAGCGUGGCGAUCGUUUGAUCCAGGAGAAUAAUCCCUAUCGCAGCUCCAUCAAGUCCAAACGGGAUGAGACCAAACAGCUGUGGGAUGAGCUCAAGGAUUUGGUGAAUGCACGCCAGGAUGCGCUCGCAGGUGCCAAGCAGGUGCAUGUCUACGAUCGUGUGGCGGAUGAAACCAUCUCCCUGAUCAACGAGAAGGAUGCCUCGCUCAUCUCUGAGGAUUAUGGCCAGGAUUUGGAAAGUAUACAAGCGCUGGGACGCAAACACUCCGUAUUCGAGGGUGAACUGGUGGCCAUUAAGGAGCAAGUGGACUCUGUGCUUGCUGAAGCCGUCAAGCUGGGCGAAAUUUAUCCGGAUGCACGGGAACACAUUGAAGUGAAGCGGGAUGAAACCGUUGAGGCCUGGACGGAUCUUAAGGAGAAGACAAAUGCUCGAAAGGGUAAGCUGAGUCAAGCGGAGCAACUGCAAUCGUACUUUGAUGAGUAUCGUGAUCUGAUUGCCUGGAUCAAUGAGAUGCUGGCCAAGAUUACGGCGCCAGAGUUGGCCAAUAGUGUGGCUGGAGCGGAGCUGCUGCUUGCCAGCAUCAAGGAUCAUCAUGCGGAGAUUCGUGCACGUGACGAUACCUUUGCCAAUUUCACUGCCACUGGCCAGAAGUUGAUCAAGGAGAAGCACUUCCUUGCCCACGAGGUGGAGGAUAAGAUCAAGGUGCUCAAGACUCGUCAUGAACUGUUGGAGCACACAUUGCAGCAGCGCAAGGAGAUCUAUGAACUCAAUCUGGACACACAGCUCUUCCUCAAGGAUGCCGAAAUACUAGAACAAUGGAUCAGCAGUCGCGAGCCACAGCUGAAGGAUGCCAAGCUGGGUGACUCCAUACCCCAAGUGGAGGAUCUGUUGCGUCGUCACGAGGACUUUGAGAAGACUGUGGCUGCGCAGGAAGAGAAAUUCCAGGCGAUUAAACGUAUUACGCUGUUGGAGCAACGUUUCCGCAAGCAGUUGGAGCAUGAGAAACUGGAGAAGCUGAAGGAGAAGGAACGUCUGGAGAAGGAGCGUCUGGAGCAGCUCAAGCAAAAGGAGCUGCAGCGUCUGAACGAUGAGCGACGUCGCGCCGAGAAGCAACAGGAGCAUCGCAACAAUGCGGCUGCCCAGGAGAAGACGCCCAUCUUCUCCUCGCCCAUGGUGACCAUCAGCGGUGGCGCCGGCAAUGGCAGCUCCAGUGUACCCGGAAGUGCCGCCCAGUCGCCUGCCAUCUCUCAAACACAGCUGCGUCCACCGUUCCAGGAUCAGGACGAACAGCUGGGUCUGCAGAAGAGCAGCUCCAGUGGCAUGUUUGGUGAUCGCCUGCGUCGCGGCUCCGCCGAUGCGAAUGUGAAGCGUGCCGAGAGCAUGAAGGUGCAACCGAAGCAACCCAAGCGUACGCCAUCCUUCACCACACGUCGUCGGGCGCAGUCCUUCCGCAAGAACCAAAAGGGCGAAGGCUUCGAUUUGCCGCCUGUGGAGAUUCAGGGCAUGUUGGAACGCAAACAUGGUCUGCAAUCGGGCGGCAAGAAGGCGCCGGUUCGCUCCUGGAAACAAUUCCACACUGUGCUGUGUGGUCAGCUGGUUUGUUUCUUCAAGGACGAGAACGAUUUCCUGCAACAGAAGACGGCAACGGCGCCUGUGAAUAUUCUGGGUGCGAAAUGCGAACGUGCUGAUGAUUAUACAAAGAAGAAGUACGUGUUCCGGCUGAAGCUGCCCGACGGCUCCGAGUUCCUCUUUGAGGCACCAUCGCUGGACAUUAUGAACGAUUGGGUUCGCAAGAUAUCCUUCCACGCUAGUCUGCCACCAAAUCUACAGCUCCUGAGCUACGAUGAAUCGAUGAAGCAACAAUCGAGCAGCUCGCCGGACAUUAAGGUUAGCAGCAAUGUGGAAUCACCCGUCAGUUCACGCAAUUCCUCACCGGACUCACAGCGUCGUGCCAGCAGUGGACAGAGCUUGGAUAUCGCUAGCACUGCCACGCCCCAAAUGGCCUUCCUGCAGCGACAAAUGCAACAGCAACAACAACAGCAGCAGCAGCAACCACAACAAUCCCAAUCAUCUCAGCCCAGUUCACCCACAGCAGGUUUUGAUCAGAAACCUCCGAUCCCACCACGUGGAGCGCCUCCUGUGGCCACACAUCGCCAGAGUCAAGAGAAUCUGGUUGUUUUGCGAAAUCGCCAAAGUUCCAGCAAUGAUCUAACCGAUGGUCGCCUGCAACAGUCGGCAACGUUGCCCGCCCAAAAUGGCAAUAGCAGAGAUGACAGUGCGAUGCUGAGACGCAACACGGAUGCAAGACAAUCGGAUAAUCCACCGCCAUUGCCCACAACGAUGCCGCCUUUGGGCAGCGCCAAUAGUCAUCAUCCGAAUCCGCAUAGCCAUCAAUCGCCGCAUGCGGCGCAGGUGCAACAACGCAUCAAUGCAUUCAAUGCGGCAUCCAUACAAGAGCAAUCGGACUACUACAACAACAACAGCAACAUGAUCAGACAGCAACAACAUCAACAACAACAUAUGACAUCGCCACAGCGUGUGCCAUCGUUGAACACUGGACGCAUCGAUACAACGCGCAAGUUUAUUGAGAUGGAGGCACAUGCGCCGGGCAACAGUUACAACAGCAGCAGCAGCAACAGCAACAACAACAAUGGUCACAACAACAGCAGCGGCAGCAGCAGCAGCACAACAAAACGCACCAUUAGCUACUCGAGCAGCGGAGCAAGCAGCAAUGGCAAUGGUAAUCUCAACACCAUAACAACAACUACUACAACAACCACAACCCAAGUGCAACAACAACAUGCGACAAGCAGUCGCACGGUUUGGCAUUUAACGAGCUCACCAACAUCAUCGACCAAAUCAUCAUCCGGCUCCGGGGAUCAUAACAAUGCCAUCAGUAAUCCAAGCUACAUGGGUCUACAUCUAAAUAACAAUAACGAUGGAAUCGGUGGUUGGGGCAACAGUCGCUUUGAGAGCAAUCGUCCUGUCUCCCUGCAGCCGGAUUCCAUCAGUUUCACCCGUGUGUCCGCCGAAAGUUCCAGCGAAAGUGAAGCCCAAUCCAUUUCCUCCGUUUCGGGUGUGAAGGGCAGCAAGAGCAAAGAUGAACGACGCAGUGGCAUGUUCCGCAUCUUUGGUCGCAAGGGUGGCGACAAGGAAAAGGAAAAAGAGAAGGAAAAGGAUAAACGUCGAUCCAGUCAAACGCCGCCACAGUAAAAACAAAAAUCAAAUAAAA